AUGAAUUUAUAAAAUUAUAAUCGAGAAGGUCGUAAUUAUAAAACUGAGAGGGUUAGAUAGAUAUCACCCUCUUCAAAAUUAAUGCAUUUGAGCAAUCAAGAGAUUAGCUUUUAUAUUUCUAAAUAUGGGGAUCCUUAGGAAAAUACAAAGGAUUCUGAAAACACCAAAUAUUUUAUGUCUUUAAUUUAGCCAUUACUUGAGGAGAAUUAUCAAUUAAAAGAUACAAUACUAAAUCUUACCGAAGCUUUGAAAUGUAACAUUGAUUUAAUUAUUUAGUGGAUAAGGAACUUCUUUUAGAAACAAUCAGUUAAAUUGUUAAAGAUAAAAAUUUAUCGUCUUCAAGCACAAUUAGUGAAAUUUUGCAUUAGUUGACAUUAAGUGUAAAAAAAGAUAGAGAUUAUACAAGAAAAUUAGAAGAGAUAAUUGAAGAAAAGGAUCUUUUGAUAGAAUAGUUGUAAGGCGAAAUUGAAUAAUAUAAAAAAUGGAAAAUCGAUUUCAUUUAAGAAAAAAAUUUGGAAGUGGAGGCUAGAACAAGAAAUUUUUUUUAAAAAAUGCAGCAAUUAGAAGAAAAUAAUUCUAAAUUAUGUUUAAAGAAUAAUGAGACUGUAGAAUUGUUAAUUGCUGAAUAAUAAUUAACUCAAUGCUUGAAUGAAAAAUUAUCAAAGUUUGUUGAUGACUUGAACAAGGCUCAAUAACAAAAAUAGGAGGUAUUAUUUUUUGUAAAUUAGUUACAAUUAUAACUUAGUAUUGCUGAAAGAUAGAUCUAUUAAGAAAAACAAGAUAGUUAGAAAAGGUUAAAUGAUUAAAUAAGUUAACUACAUAAAGAUCAUUAUUAAUAAAUGGAAUAAUUGAAAAGUAAUUAUUGAAUUAAGGUUUAGUUGAAUAAAUGGGCAUCGUAAAUGAAUUGAAGAAAUAAAUAAUAAAUUAAUAGGAGGAAAUAAAAAAUUUAGAAUUAAGUUACACUGCAUCCUUAGACAAAAACCUUAACGAAAUUAAAGUAUCAUUAUCUCUGAUUUUAUAGAGACUUUAAUAAUAGCUCUAAGAUUCAGAGAAGCAAAUAUCAGUUUAUAAAAAAUAAGAAUUAGCAAAUUUAGAUAAUUUGAGUAAAAUUAUGAUGGAGAAGAGAGAUAAAGAUUAAAAAUUAAAGAAUUUAGGCCAAAUAAUUGCUGAGAAAGACAAGCAAAUAGAUAAUCUAACUUUAGAUGUACUGUCAUUAAAAUCCAAAUUAGAACAAGCUGAAUUGAAAUGUACUUAGUAAAUUACGAAAUACAAGUAAAUUACAAUUCUUUAAUUAGAUAAAAAUAUAAAGAAAAAACAUAGGUAAAGAUUUGUGAAGCAAAGAAGGAUUUAGAGCAUAAAAUUGUAACAGUAGAGUAGGAGAAAAAAAAAAUGAGUGAAGAUUUCAAGUAGUAAAUAAUUAUAUUGGAUGUUCAAAAAACUUCAUUAGUAAAGGAAUGUAAAGCAGAUAAUGAAAAGUUGAGAGAUGAGAUUGAAGAUUUAGAAUUCAAAUUAAAAGACUUGGAUAAUAUGUGGGAUUUCAAGUACGCAAAAUUAAAAAUGGAAUAUGAUAGAUUAAAGCUGGAGUUAGCACAAUAAUAAUGA